AUGGUGAGGAGAACGAGAACGAUAUCACGAUACCGAUCGACACGCGAGGACGCAGCGACAGCACCAACGCUGCCGACCUCCACUACACGUACGCUGAGCGACGCCGACUACGACGAUUCGUUCUUUUGCAGCGUCGACCUGGAGUCGCUGGUCGCCGCCGCCACCGCUGGUCGCGGCGACCACUUGCCCAGCCCCAUCCUCCCUAAUAGCGACGGCUUCGAUGUCGACGUCGACGUGGCCGCGCCGGCUCGCGAUCCCGCGGCUUCGCCGAUGACGCCGCCACGCGCUGUCGCCAACAACUCGCCGCCAGGCAUCGGCCCCGCCGCUGCGUGCGUGGCCGAAGCUGAGGGGCCGCUGCCUGGGCUGGGCCUGUCGCCAUCGACCCCGAUCAGGGGAUUGAUGACGUCAUCACCGCUGAGGUCGGUGCAGACGUCGAGCGCGUUCUCGCCCGCGAACGGCGCGCUCUCGUUUCGCCCGUCGCUGGUCAUGGCUGCCACGCCCACGACCACGACCACCUUCGCCGCCGCGCAGGACCGACUGCCUCCACCUCCGCCCGUCAUCGACAUUUCGUCUUCUCCCGCGGCAUCGCCGGCCAGAGCUGAGAAGAGCGAAGACGACAACGAGAACGAAAACGAAUACGAAGAGAAUGAGGAGGAAGAAGACGAAGGAGUGGUGGAAGAAGAGAAAGGAGACGAAGAAGACGAGAGAAAAGAGGAGGAAGACUUUGGCUUUAGUGAGAAUGACGAAUUGGAUGAUGACGAUGACGAUGACGAAGACGAUGGAGCAGACCAAGCGCAAGAGGGUAAAGGGUCGCUAAUGGACGAGCUGUUUCCGGAAGACGCCCAGCAGAAGCGGAGGCGCGAGGAGAAGGAAAGGCGACAGCAGUGGCUGCGCAACUUCCACCCGCCGGGCGUACCCAUACCCGUCCUCCCGCCCGAGAUCAUACGCUACAUUGGGUCGUUUCUCGAGCGACGCAUGGAGAGCUACGCCCGUUUCGCCAGCGUUUGUAAGUAUUGGCGCAGCGUGGCCACCGAGGGCGAAGAGUGGGAGCGCCGCUACGCCCAGUCGUUCGGGGGACCCUUCCCGCGUCUCCUGUGGGAGAAAUACGAGAACUCCUCCUAUGGGUAUCUGGAGCUCGUGGAGCUGUUGCUCGACAAUGGGUGCGACCCCAACAUGCGCGCGGGAACCACGACAGCGCUGGCCGACGCGGCCCUGCAUAACCAGAUCGAGGUCGUGCGGUGCCUGCUCCGCCGAGGCGCCCGGCCCGAACUCUGCAACACGCCCGUCCUCCAUCUCGCCGCCCGCAACAGUUCGGCCGAGCUGCUUCUCGCUCAUGGGGCCGACGCGACGGAGCGCGUGCAGAUCGACAGGCCCUAUGGCCGCGCGAUCACGGCCUACGAGGCGGCGAGCUCGGAGGAGGUGCGGCGCGUGUUUCGCGAGUACUCGGCGCGUAACCGACGCCACCGCAACAGGACGAAGAAGAGCCGUACCCGCGCGACAGUCAAACAAGAAGUGGUGGACGAGUACGACAAUGACGACGACGAACAAGAAGAUGAGGAAGAACAGGAAGAAGAACAGGAAGAGGAAGACGACGAGGCGAAGAAUGAGAUGAAGAACUCGGAAGACGAGGAUGACAGGUUGGACGAUGAAGCUGACGAGUCGGCCUGCCUCGACCGACGCAAGCGGCUCCGUAGCAGAAGAAGAGCGAAAGCGAAGAGCGAAGACGAUGCGAUGAUGGCGCUGGAAGAGGAGAUCGAGGCUGCGACCAACGAAGAGCCGGUGGACCAUAAGAACGAAGACGAGAACCACCUCGAGGACGAAGAAGAUGAGGGCGACGACGGCGUCGAGGAACACAAGGGAAAGAAGCGCCCCGCGGCCGUGCUGCUCGAGCUGGACGGCAGCCUGGCCCUCGACGAUGAGGAAGAGGAGGGCAGGAGCACCAACGGCAUCAACGAAGAAGAGGAGCAAGCCCAACCUCCACCUGGUCUCAAGAAGAAGAGGAAGAAGGUCGUAUGCGACGAUGACGACGCUGAAGCCGGCGCAAACGCGGAGACGGCCACCACCCCGGGGUAA